AACCUUGCGUCACGUGAUAAAGUCACGUGACCAGCUGUCAUGGCUGGCGUCAUGGUUGUAUGACAGAGAAACGUCAAGUUUCUAAACGGAUAACAAACAAACUGGACCGGUGUGCACCGAACAUCGUUGCUGCGAUUCUGAUCGUGUAGGAUCGUUGUUAUAUUCUUUAUGUACACUCAAGCGAUCAAGAUGCCGGUCCAGAAAGAUUCGAAUAUCGUGAAAAUCGCCGUUCAAAUGACCGACCAAGUGCCGCAGCUCAUAGAGUUCAAUCAGAAGCAACCUUUGGCCGGAAUUAUUCAAGAGUUGUGCAACGGAUGGGAUUUAUCUGACGCGGAGUCGUACUCCUUACAAUUUUCGGAAAAUAACAAUCAGAAUUAUAUUACGGAGAAAAAUAGGAAUGAGGUGAAAAAUGGCAGUAUUCUCAGAUUAGAGUUUUCGCCAUCGAAAACAGCGAGCGAUAUUUUGGCUAAGCUCAAUAAUGGGACAGCAGAGGAGAAAGUAACUGCUCUGCAGAAGCUGAGUACGCUUAGCAUAGACAUGACUUUUGCACUAGAAUUUAUAAACAAGAAAGGAUUGGCAUUAAUCAUUUCGCAAGUGGAAGGUGGAAAAUACAAGGCAAGUGCACUUGCAUUUUGUCUUCAGUCCUUCGUGGAAUUGAUGGAUCACAAUAUUGUUUCGUGGGACAUAUUGGAAACACCAUUUAUUAAUAAAGUAGCGAGCUAUGUGAAUAAUCAAUCAGUAGCUCAGGAUACUAGUGUAGUGGAAGCUUCUCUAAGUAUUCUAGAGAAUAUAGUUUUGAAUUCGACAGGGAAAUACGGACAAGUGGAAAAGGAAGUUACUUUUCCCAAUCUUGUAAUGCAUUUGCAAUGCAUGAAUGCACAAAUUCAACAAAAUGCGAUAGCUUUAAUAAACGCACUGUUUUUAAAAGCUGAUUUACACAAGAGACGAGCAGUUUCUGCCACAUUACAAUCCAAACAAGUCAGAAAUGUAUUCUUGACAAAUGUGAUACAAUCUACUGGACAGGUGGGAGCAGAAAUGGCGCAUCAACUUUAUGUGUUACAGACACUAAUGCUGAGUCUUUUGGAACAACGAAUGAUGACGAAGAUGGAUCCACAAGAUCAAGAUGCACAUGAUAAGAUUAAGGAACUUCGAAAGAUCGCCUUUGACACAGAAGGUGCAACCAGCGGAGAUGUAACCGCCCGCAAGCAGGGGCUUUUUGCCAAAGAUUACAAGAAAUUAGGUUUUAAAUAUGACAUCAAUCCAGCUCUUGAUUUUACUGAAACUCCACCGGGUAUGCUCGCCCUCGACUGUAUGGUAUACUUUGCACGUAAUCAUACCGAAGCAUACACGAAGGUCGUCCUCGAGAAUUCAUGCAGAGCAGACGAACAUGAAUGUCCUUUCGGUCGAACGAGUGUAGAACUCGUUAAAUUACUUUGUGAGGUGUUACGCAUUGGUGAAGCACCUAGUGAACAGGGUCAAUCUUAUCAUCCUAUGUUCUUUACGCACGAUCAUCCUUUUGAAGAAUUCUACUGCGUCUGUAUAGUUUUGUUAAAUAAAACAUGGAAGGAAAUGAGAGCGACCACGGAGGAUUUCGUCAAAGUCUUUUCCGUCGUACGCGAGCAAAUUACCAGGGCGCUUCAGUGUAAACCCACGGGACUGGAUAAGUUCAAAAAUAAAUUACAACAACUCACUUAUUCCACCAUUACAAACCUUUGGCAACAGGAACGAACAAGCCGCGAAGAAUGGGAAAGCCACGCCAGGCCAAUCGUUGAACUUAGAGAACAGAUUACGCCUGAAAUCUUAGAUUUAAUCCAACAACAGCGAUUAGGAUUUUUAGUACAAGGCACUAGAUUUAUGAAAUACAGUGCUAGAGGACAACGGGUUAAAGAUAAAUUUUGGUACGUUCGCUUGUCGCCAAAUCAUAAAGUCUUCCAUUACGGGGAUUGCGACGAAAAGUCGGUGCCAACAAUAGACGAGCUUCCUACGAAACUAGCGGUAGUCGAGAUUCGAGGGUUGCUAAUCGGCAGAGAUUGUCCACACAUGAAAGAUUUGCAGAGACGAAAAACUACGCAUCAGUUGGCGUUUUCCUUGGCUUUGGAUUCCGUCGAAGUAUCUAGUCUUGAUUUCGUUGCUCCUGAUGAGCAAGUCUUCGAUUAUUGGACUGAUGGCAUUAAUGCUUUACUUGGAAACAGAAUGACCAGUAAAGAGGCUGAAAAUGACUUGGAGACUUUAUUAUCUAUGGACAUUAAGUUACGACUGUUAGACGCUGAAGGAAUUGAUAUUCCACAAGAUCCACCUCUGGUCCCUGAACCGCCGCCAAAUUAUGACUUCUGUUACGAAUUAAAGUAAAAGUAAGAUAUUUUCUUCUAUAUAGAACAUUCUAUAUUGCAUUAUUAUAUAUUGACUUGAUAGACAUAUUGGUCAUUUUGAUCUUUAUAUAUACAUGUAUUACUUUAUACAUAGUUUUUUUUUAUAUUUUUUCAUAAUUUUAUCACAUUUUCAUGAUAACUGGUAUAAUAUCCACAUAUUUUUAAGCUAUUUUAAGUAAUUUUUUUAUCGCAUAUUUUAAUCGUACAGGGAACAGCAAUACGUCUUACCAAAGAAACGUUUUAAAUUUUAUAUACAUAGAUAUUAUAGACAUGUAUUUUUCGCUUUUUAAAAAUUAUUUAUACAUUGAGAAUGGAAAUCGCGUAUAGAAUUACACUAUACAAUCAUAUAUUAACGAUUUUUUUACGGUAAUUUAAUUAAAUCUUAAAUAAUUUUCAUGACGUAUAAUCAUGAUAUAAUAUUUUAUGUAGUGAGAUUUUUUAUCUAUUCAAAUGUACCAUUAGUGUUUUAUACCAACCUGUAUAGGAUAUAUUAUAAGGAUUAUAUACAGUAUUAACAGUAAUUAAAAUAAACUUUGAAAUUCAAUUUUACAUAUAUUUAUUUAAAUUUUAACUUUUUAUAAAACUUUUUACUACAUUACUGCAAGUUUGUGCCCUGGCAGCAGAAUAUAACGCGAUAUAAACUAUGAGAGAUGUGUGAAUCUUUCAUAAGUGGCAAUAAUAUAUUUAAUGUGCAAAUGUACAUGUAAUUUGAAAAAAUAAUGUAUUAUAUAUGUAGUGGUCGCGUUUGACGCUUCUCUGUGCGAGAGAGUGCGUGAAAUAAAAUAGGUGAAGAUUCGUACGAUUACGUUACAUGACGUCCUCCGAAAGAAUAUGGUAAUUUUGCGGAUCGUUUAUUUGAUGAUUCGGCGGGCAGAGGAAAAACUCGAUGAAAUUAAGCACAGGUCCCCGACUAAAGGGAUUUAAAUACUUGCCCCUUUUGUCCCUCAAGUACGAGUAUCUCUUAUAAUUGAACAUUUCAUUGGUAGUCAAAUUCAUACAAGCAUGUAAAACCUGUUAAAAGAAAAGAAACAUAGAAAAUUGAUGUAGCAAUAAUAUGAAAGUAUUGCAAGCAUAUCGCAUUUACCGAAGUGCAUGUUAGAAUCCAGCCGAGUCCGCAAAAGACGAGAGCUUCUAAUACGCCAAGAACAUAUAGCAAUUGAAUUCCCUCGAUCGCAAUGCAGUAACAUGCGAAAUAUAAGGUGAAAGAGCAGUUUAUCGCCACGCACAUAACGAACAGGAAGAACCACAUCCUGAAAGCAAGCAAAAUGUGUUGAAGAAAAUUGUAUAAUUGUAAUUCUGACAUAUAUAAACGAGUGUAAUUUGUAUUAAUUAUGUACCUGUUUCUCAGGCCGACGCAAUUGUAUAUAAAUGGACAGUGAUGAUCGAAAUAAGUGACACAUCUGUUGCAGAUUCUACAGUGUUUAGCUCGGAGAGGUCUAAAACAUCUACAGCUGUGACAUAAUCGCGAUAAUAAAACGUUGCGCUUCUUCCACUUGUCGAAGUAUGGGAUCUGAAACGAUGCGAAAUAUAAAUCGGUUGACAAUAUUAUUAACAAUUAUACGACAGCUUUAUCACGCAUUUCACCUGUUUUAUCGCUCUGUAAUAGGUGUCGCUGUUCUGCGGUACGUAACCAGGAUCUCUUCUGUUAGCUACAAUCCACGAAAUCCACAUGAGGAUGUUCCAGUAAAUGAAGCAAUAAUGACUGCCACGCAGAAGGUUCCACGUUAACGGAAUGCAUUUUAACAGAUACAUCGGAUAUCCCCACAACAAGACAGAUAUCAUGAACAGUAGCAAUGGUCCCUUGCUGUUGCCCGCUCCUCCAAACAGCAACGCCCUGGAGUAAGUAUACAAAUUAUUCAAGGUUCGUAAGCGAUUUAAUUUUUUGAUUUUAGAAUAACACGUAAUAUCAUGCAGACCAUAGUUCGUUGAUAGGCGGUAUCCAUCUAGCUCGGCGCUUCUGUUCCGCCUGCAGGAUGCGUACGAUCUCCGAGUGGCGAUGACUCUUGGCUAAUUGCAACGGUGUCUUGCCGUUUUUAUCGCGCGGCUCGAGCUCGAUCUUGCUUUUCUCGCAGAGAAUCCGGACGCAGCUGACAUUGCCGGAUAGGCAGGCCAGAUGAAGCGGCGUCGAGCCGAAGUAAUCGGGCUUCUGCAGAUCCACGCCGCUGUAUAUCAACAACUUGAUCAAUUCGGCAUGGCCCUUGUAUGCGGCCCAGUGCAACGCAGUGUCGCCGUUUAUGUCCGUCAAGUGUCCUUGAGCACCGGAUCCCAGUAAGAAGGCUGCAGUCGCGAAUUUACCAAACAUACAAGCAGUCAUCAGAGGCGUCAGGCCCUUAAAGUCAGCCGUGUUGACCGCAACUCCCGCCUGAAAAAAAUCCUCGUGACUCUCUUCAUAUGAAACUCGUGGUUAAAAUUUUUCCAUCUUCGUACCUUCAAUAGUAAUUGCACUAUCGCACUGUGACCUUUUCGACAGGCCCAAUGUAUCGGUCUGGGUCCUUGCGUACCCAGGCAUGGUAGAUCAACGGGACCGCUUCGUUCUAUCAAAUAUCUCAUGACCUGUUAGAAAGAGAGAAAAUUUGUAUUCAUUAAUGCUGUUUGAUAAUUUUGAGAAAUAAUCGCAAUGUUUGUUCUUAGUAACUAACUUCAAUAUUGCCAUCCAAGGCGGCCCAAUGAGCAGGUGUAUAUCCCCAUUCAUCUCUUGCGCUGAGCACGGUCAACCCGUUCCUUUCCACCAAUUCCUCGACCGCCUCGAUUUCACUAUAACAACAACAAUGAAUUAUCUCUUUGCAUUUCUUCCUCCACUAUUUUUUCCCGAUUUGUCUAAAUUAUUUAUUUAACUAUUUCUUUCAGCUU